AUGAGUACGCACAAUGCUCCAGCUCUCUCUCCCCCCACCUCCUCCACCACCGCCACCACUCCUCCCUCCCUCGCCAUUCUCCGCCCAUGCUUUGCAGGUGACACAAUGAUGAGGCGUCUCCCCCUCCCCCGCCCCCAACCUUCCCCCUCUCCUCUCUUUCGGACUUCGGAGAAAAGCUGGACAGGAGACUCUGAUGGCCCCCACCUGACUGGUGAACCGAACACAUCAGACCCACAGCACCAGGAGAAGCACAGGUCCCUUCCUUCUCCACCAAAUGAUAAAACGCCACUGAUGCUCACUUGGAAAAAAAUCCAUCCCCGGGCUUCCAAGGGCAGCUGCGUGCCAAUAUGUCUGCUUAAAUCUAUUUUGAAAGUCAUCCUAGUCAUCGGAGACAGAGUGGUUUCUAUAGUGAGUAUCAUCAUGUCCAAGAAGUCUGUUUGGCUACUUAUUCUUCCUUUGACUCUAACAGGAACGGUCUUCAGUGGGAAUAUUUUGAUUUGGCCCACAGAUGCCAGCCAUUGGCUAAAUAUUAAGAUCAUUAUAGAGGAACUGGUUCAAAGAAAUCAUAAUGUCACUGUGCUGACAUCACAAAGUGCUCUCUUCAUUAAAUCCAGUCCUGAUUUACAGGUGAACUUUGAGGUGUUUCCUGUUCCUUUUGGGAAGAAGAAUAUAGAUUCCUUGAUUCAUGAUUUUAUUAUGCUCUGGUUAGACCAUAGGCCAACCCCUUUGACCCUCUGGCCAUUCUAUCAGCGACUGGGAAAAUUAUUUGAGAAUAUUUUUAAAAUUAAUAUGCAAAUGUGUGAUGCAGUGCUAAACAACCAAGGGUUAAUGGCGAAGAUUCAAAUGACAAAGUUUGAGGUGUUAGUAGCAGAUCCAGUGACCAUCUGUGGGGACCUAGUUGCUGUCAAGAUAGGAAUUCCGUUUAUAUACACCCUGAGGUUCACACCUGCCUCCACAGUGGAGAGACACUGUGGGAAAAUCCCAGCUCCUGUCUCCUAUGUGCCAGCUGCCUUGUCAGAGCUCACAGACCAGAUGCCCUUUGGAGAACGAAUUAAGAACAUGUUAUCUUAUCCUCUGCAAGACUAUAUAUUUCAGUCCUACUGGGGAAAAUGGGAUUUAUACUACAGCAAAAUUUUGGUACGUGUAGAAGUUUUUUGUGUUGUUUGCUUUGUUUUUUUCCCCAUUGAGAUGGUUGAAACUUGA